UAAGAUAGCAUCCAAUGAAAGAUGUGUUAUUUUCAUGGCUAUUUAAGAAAGUCAGUCUGUCAUUCACUUAUCACCUCCUUCACCCCAAGGCUCAACAAAUGAUUGAAGUGCUACAUGUGUGUGGUUAAUAAGGCACCAGCCAUUAUUCACAUCACCUGACACACUUUAUCUAAGAUAUACUGGAACACCAGCAAGCAAGAUGACAGGUGGGGGUAGGAGAGCACAACGGUUGAUGAACUUUAGCAACAAUGUGGAGAUCUAUGACACGCUUCACACCCGCACAUCAGAGGCUGGCGUGUGCUCUGAUAAAAUAUGCCACGGAUCUCUUAUGAAUAUUCGGAGAAUGAAGGCAGUGCAGAGACCUUCCUCCGAAGUUUUGCGGCAAGCAAAAGAAUUCCUGAAGGAAUAUUAUGCUUCUUUGAAAAAGUCUGGAAGUGCAGAGGAGGAAGCACGAUGGCAAGAAGUCGUGACAUCCGUGGCAAAGAGAGGAACAUACCGGCUCACACAUUCUGAGCUGCAGUACGGCGCCAAGUUAGCGUGGAGGAACGCGCCGCGCUGCAUCGGACGCAUGCAGUGGACCAGGCUUGAG